AAAAAAAAGGGAAGAAAUGUUUCCGCCCGGUUUCGAACCGGGGACCUUUCCACGACACUACGGAGACGCACCAUUUGUCGUGAAAGGUCGUGUCACAGGUGUCAAACUGAGGGUGGCAGCUACUAUCCCUGCAGCUUCAUCAAAGAGGAAAUCUUCAGCCUAAUCAUCAAACUUAGAAAGCGCGUCUGCCUCCUGGAUCCAGCUGCAACAAAGCUCUCAGGCUCCUGUAUAUAACCAGCUGAUGGGCGCCUGGGCGCUUGUGCCUCCUCUCCCCGUCAGCACAGAGUGACACUGACAGUCUGGACUGUUCACUGGUGUUUUUGAUCUGGAUCCUUCACCUGAUCAUGCAGAAACAAACCAACAGCAGAGGAUUUGAUGAACAUUUUAUAGAAAGUCAGCAUUUAAGGCUGGAAGACUUCAAACAGGAAGCAUGGACGUAUGGUUUUGGAAACCAGUACCUUCAUAAAAACAUGCGUCCAUACCCUCGGCCGGAGCUUCAUGUGUUUCAUCUGAAACACGACACAUACAGAUUAGAAGAGAUCAAGAAUGACGGAGGCUUCAAGGAUCCAAAGAGCGGCUCAGAGGAUCCAGACAGAAUGUCCCUGGUGUGGUGGAGUCUGGCUGUGGCACCAGAGGAGAUCCAAUCAGCUGAGAGGAGGCUCCUGAAGAAGACCUUCCCAAACCGGACCGAGGAGCAGGCCCGGAGGCAGCAGAGCUUCCUGUGGAAGUUCGCCUCCUCUCCAGCCUUCAGUGAGAAGUCCAGGUAUGGAUCGUACCGCUUCACCUUCACAGUGGAGAAGGUGCUGGAGGCCUACAGCAAGCAGUUUUGCUUUCAUGCUGCGCCCGUCAUGCGGGUCCUCAAGACUUCCCUGUACAAACAGGAAGUGAUGUACACUGUGCUGGUGCACAGCCCGCACGAUGGCGAGCGCUUCACCAAGUAUCCCGUCCUGCCCGACGAGCCCAGCAACAUCUGUGCUUACAGGGACGGACACUUUACCUGGAGGCCCGAGGCCAUGUGUGAGACACACAAAUAUGUGCUUUUACAAAGACGUGACAAAAACCUGAUGGAAGUUUGGGGGCUGAUUCAGGAUCCACAGUUUUAUGUUUGGGACCACGUCGCCAUUGCCCUGCAUGUGGCGGGAGGACAGGUGCUGAAGUUUGAUUCUGAUGAUCUGAGAAAGAACCUCAGGUUCUGUGAGCGUGACGCUGUGACAGUCAGACCUGAAUCUGACUUUCAACAUUACCAGGAUGCUCAAAGCCUCGUCGCUCGUUUGUGGCCGCUGAAGAAGGAGGUUUCACUGCAGCAGAGAAUCAGAGGCUCUACAGAGUGAGGCUGUCUGUGGAGUUUCUCCACCUUUAUUCUCCUUUUCCUGAGCGACUGCAGCAUCACCGGCUGCACAGUGAACCAUGGUGGAGGUUACACAGAAGGCAGCAGCCGAGAGGAACGAACACAGAAAAACUCUUUGAUGUGACUUUUUUAUUCCAUUAGUUUAUUAAAGGUUUAUUACAUGAAUUUCCAAAGUGCACAGCAAAAGACCAAAGACAGAUAAAACAUAAACAUGUGAUCAUGUGUUUCACUGCACUCGGUCCUGUCUGCGUGGGAUGUGUUCAUGUGACUGAAUCAAAGACUAAUUACUUUGUACACACAAAAAGUGGACAAUAAAGUUGUUUUGAAUA